UAGAGCACUUCCCAGCUUCCACUUCUUCCUUUCUCGGGCUCCAACCUCUUCAAAUGGCCGCUUCCUGCCUCACCACCCUUUCUUCUCCCCUCCCUGACCAACACACUUCCCUUUCCCCGUCAAAUUUAAUAAAUCUCACCAUCUCCUCCCCCUCCCAUCUCCAACAACUCCACUCCCUCCUCAUCAAAUCCGGUGCUCCCAUCUCCUCCCUCUCCUUCCUCCGGAUCGCCGCAGUCUGCGCCCUCUCCCCUCCCUCCGCUUUCUCCUACGCUCGGAACCUAUUCCACCGUUCCGCCAACUCGCCGGAGAUCUUCCUCUGGAACUCCCACCUUAACACCCUCUCCUCGUCUUCCCCCUCGGAUGCCCUCCUCCUUUUCACUCGCCUACUCUCAUCCAAUAUCCUACCGAAUACCUUCUCCUGCUCUUUCGCUCUCAAAGCUUGCUCCCAGUUAUCAAAUUGUUUUCUCACCGGCAAGAACAUCCAUGCUUUGAUCUUGAAGCUGGGGUUCCAUCCCGACGUUUUUUUACACAACACUUUGGUUCACAUGUACUCAUCUCUAGGCGCGAUGGCUGACGCACACCUCAUGUUUGAAAAGAUGCCGAGGCGAGAUACGGUCAGUUAUAACAUUAUGAUCGCCCGCUUGACGAUGGAUGGGGAAAUGGAUCUUGCACGUGAGAUGUUCGAUGCUAUGCCUGAGAGGAGUGUUAGGUCAUGGACUUCUCUGAUUGCUGGGUAUGUGCAGUGGCAAAAUCCGAGGGAAGCAGUGCGGCUGUUUAUUGAAAUGGAAAAUCUGGGUAUGAGACCUAAUGAGGUUACUGUGGUAGCUGUCCUUGCUGCCUGUGCUGAUCUCGGGGCGCUUGAUUUAGGGAAGAGAAUUCAUGAGUAUGCAAACCUGUUCCGGUUUUUGAGUAAUGUUAGAAUUUGUAAUACUCUGAUUGACAUGUACAUUAAGUGUGGUUGCGUGCAAGUUGCAAGGGAAGUGUUUGAUGAUAUGAGUGAGCGGACAGUGGUGUCAUGGUCUGCUAUGAUUAAUGGGUAUGCAAUUCAUGGACAAGGAGAUGAUGCAUUGGAGCUAUUUAAGGAUAUGAGGAAGGUGGGUAUUCAACCCAAUCCAGUAACAUUUGUUGGAUUACUCCAUGCUUGCAGCCACAUGGGUUUGUUAAAACAAGGUCAGAAUUUCUUCAAGACCAUGAUCAGGGAUUACAACAUUGUGCCAGAGAUUGAGCAUUAUGGUUGCAUGGUGGACCUUUUGAGUAGAGCUGGCCUGCUUGAUGAAGCCCUGGAGUUCAUAAGGAAAAUGCCAGUCAAGCCCAAUGGUGUUGUUUGGGGGGCUUUGCUUGGUGGAGCUAAAGUCUACAACAGGGUGGACAUGGCUGAGGAGGCUGUCAGACAACUUUUUGAUCUGGACCCCUUAAAUGAUGGAUACUAUGUUGUUCUAUCAAACAUUUAUGCCAAUGCUGGAAGGUUUAAUGAUGCAGCUAAAGUUCGCCGCUUAAUGAGGAAUAAAGGAGUGAAGAAGACUCCAGGGCAGAGUACAAUUGCGGUGGAUGGUGUGAUCCAUGAGUUUGUUGCUGGGGAGAGCGAUCAUCCUCAGGUGGAAGAGAUUUACAGGAGCUGGGAUGAGUUGUUGGUGAAAUUAAAAGUUAGAGGUUAUGUUCCAGAUACUUCAGUAGUGCUACUUGACAUGGAAGAAAGGGAAAAGGAGGCUGUUUUGUACAGACAUAGUGAGAAGCUGGCUGUUGUGUUUGGGUUGAUGAGCACACCACCAGGAACUGUGAUUAGAAUUAUAAAGAAUCUUAGGGUGUGCAACGACUGUCAUGCAGCUCUGAAAUUGAUAUCAGAGAUAUCCAAACGGGAGAUUAUAGUGCGUGAUCGAAAUCGUUUCCAUUGUUUCAGGGAUGGUUUUUGUUCCUGCAGAGAUUAUUGGUAGCAUUGUUAAUUUAUUUUUCAAGUUUAUUGAAAAUCCUAUAUUUAUAUCUGUCUCCAUAAUCCAUAAUGAAGAUGGUGAUACUGUGAUAGAUCAUUUCAUACAAAUAGAAGGGAUGGUUGCUCCGAAUUCUCCUUUCCAUUAAUCAUUGUUUACAUUGCCAUAAAUGAAUAACGUAACGGCAAUACCUCCAAAGUCCAUUAGUCAUUGUGUUUCUGGAUGAUUGAUGCAUAUUCUAAUGAGCAGAAGCUCUGUAUUGUAUCUACUAUUGGUGCAUAAUACAUUUCUGACAAUUAAGUUGUUAAGCAAGCUAUAAACGUGUCUCCAACGUAGAAGUUAGAAAACAACAUGUUUCAUGCUAAUCUUGUAUCCGAAUAAUUAUUUGUUACAUGA